AUGUCAUGUCCUCACAUUAAAAGCGAAGUUAAGACUGAAGAAGAGGAUUUAAGGAGCGAAAAUGGAGGUUUUCUGUGUCCAGCAUGCGGCGAACAACUUUUCUAUGAGAAAUAUUUUAUUGAACAUAUCAGGGAACGUCAUUAUCAGCCUGACCUACAAGUUCAAGAAAAGGAUGAGGAACAAAUUUUGUUCAGUGAAGUUACUGGAAGCUCUGUUCAUGAAAAUGGUUACGUUAAAGAACAAGAUGGUUGUUGUGUUCAAAAUAGAUGUGAUGUUGUUAAAUCAGAAGUAAAAACGGAGCAGAUAGAAAUGAAUGGAGAGUCUGGUGGCUUUCUCUGCUCAGUUUGUGGGGAAAAGUUUCAGGAGGAGGAUAGUUUCAUUAAACAUAUCAAAUAUCACGUAGAAAACUCUGGCAAACGAAAAAGACCAAAAUGUGAUGAAUUUCAAAAUGAUAAUGAUAAUAUUAGUAGUCUAGGAUCUGGAAUCAGGAAUAGAUCGGACAGUGGUUGCAUUCCUCUCGAAAAUUGUGAUCCUGAAGAAAAGAUCCGUGCUACUCUUCAAUAUAACGUAACAAUUCAGUCCGGAGAGAAAUCAUUUAAAUGUCCAGAUUGUUCAUAUGCAACAGUUCGGAAAUCAAAUCUCAAAGCACAUAUUAUGACUGCUCACUCGGGGGAGAAACCAUUUCAAUGUUCAGAUUGUUCAUAUGCAACCGCUCUGAAAUCAAACCUAAAAGUACAUCUGAAGACUCACUCUGGAGAAAAACCAUUUAAAUGUCCAGAUUGUUUAUACGCAACAGCUCGGAAAUCACACCUCACAGAUCAUUUAAGGAUUCACUCUGGAGAAAAACCAUUUAAAUGUCCAGAUUGUUUAUACGCAACAGCUCAGAAAUCAAACCUCCAAGAUCAUUUAAAGAUUCACUCUGGAGAUAAACCAUUUAAAUGCCCAGAUUGUUUGUAUGCAGCAGCUCGGAAAUCACAUAUGAAAAGACAUAUGAGUACUCACUCGGGAGAGAAACCAUUUAAAUGUCCAGAUUGUUCAUAUGCUAUAGCUCGGAAAUCAGAUCUCAAAGAUCAUCUGAAGACUCACUCUUGAGAGAGACCAUUGAAAUGUCCAGAUUGUUUGUAUGCAACAGCUCGGAAAUCAAACCUAAAAGUACAUUUGAUGACAUACUCGGGAGAUAAACCAUUUAAAUGUUCAAAUUGCUCGUAUGCAGCAGUUCGGAAAUCAAAUUUAUUAAGACAUCAGAAAAUGCAUGCUAAUUAA